GGACGAGCUAGGGAGCCGUCUCAUAGACAAUGACCAUUUACUACAACUACUAACUAUUACUCCCUUCAACAAGGCGACUUGCCAUACUACCUACUACUGUUCCGAAAGUCAUUGGACCCUAUUAUUUUAUUUACGAAAUAACGGCUGUGAAGAAGCCAAAAUGGUUGCUGGGCAGCAAGACCACAGAAGUAAUGCUUAUGCACUGAUGGAAAAUCCUCACAAUAUUCGGAAUUUGUGCAUCAUGGCACAUGUUGAUCAUGGAAAGACUUCCCUUGCUGAUAAUCUUGUGGCAUCAAAUGGUCUCAUCAGUCAACGCUUGGUAGGACGAAUCAGAUAUAUGGACAGCCGAAAAGAUGAAGCAGAGCGUGGCAUUACAAUGAAGAGUUCGUGUGUGUCACUUGCGUAUAGUAAAGGUGAUGAAAAAUACUUGAUUAACCUUAUCGAUUCCCCCGGUCAUGUAGACUUCUCUAGUGAGGUGUCUACAGCCGUUCGUCUCUGCGAUGGAACAAUAAUUGUCGUUGAUGUGAUAGAAGGUGUUUGUGCUCAAACGAAGGUUGUCUUACAGCAGGCUUGGGUGGAAAAUAUACAGCCAGUGCUUGUCCUUAACAAGAUUGACAGAUUGAUCUUAGAGACAAAACUAAGUCCCAUUGACUGCUAUUAUCACAUUGCUCAAGUUUUAGAGCAGGUGAACGCUUACAUGGGGGAAUUGUUCAAUACAACAGUUUUGGGAAAGACUGCAGAGGAGGUAGAAAGGCGUCAACAAGCGGAACGGGAAAGGAAACACUCAGAAAGAAAAAUCUCAGAGUCAGAAACAGCACCAGAAGCCAAACAGAUUUUUUCGGAUUGGGGAAUCGAUCAAGUUGAUGACUCUGACUUUUACUUCACUCCUGAGCAAGGCAAUGUCGUAUUUGCUAGUGCAUAUGAUGGUUGGGGUUUUAGUAUUGCCCAUUUUGCUGAACAGUUUGCAAAUAAAUUGGGGAUGAACAGAACUGUGUUGAAUAAAACGUUAUGGGGCGAUUAUUACAUCUCUUCCAAAGGGGGUGAGAAGAAAAUAAUGAGGGGUGCUCGAGAUAAACGGAAAAAUCCCUUGUUUGUGUCCCUUAUCUUAGAAAAUCUUUACAAAGUUUAUGAUACUGUUAUGAGCAAAAAGGAUAAUAUUGAAAUAGAAAAACUUGCUGGAUGUUUAGGAGUCAAAUUACCAGUUCAUGUGAUAAAGUCUACAGAUCUUCGAGCAAAAUUGAAUGUGCUAUGCAACAAGUGGCUUCCUUUAGCCCCAGCUAUCUUAGAAAUGGUAGUGGAACAUUUGCCUAGUGCAGCCAGCAUCAGUAAGGAAAGGGCUAUGAAGUUGAUGUGUUCAGCCACUCAGAGAUUUGAUUCGCUUCCGGAGAAGAGCCAGGAACUUCAAAAUGCAUUUGUGAAAUGCUCCAGUGAUGAAAAUGCUCCUCUUAUCGUUUAUGUGUCAAAGAUAUUUUGCGUGCCAAGGAAACACUUCCAAGAUGAAAAGUCUGAAGGGAAUAAAGGGCUCUACGGGCAGAAUGUAAUGAGUUCAAUUUCAGAGGAGGAGAUGGCUAAGCGCAGGGAAGAAGCUCGUCGCAUGAAAGAGGCAGCAACAGGAAAUUCUGAUGGUAGUGAUUCCAGAGGAAAAGAAUUGUCUUCAGAGGAGAUGGCAGAAUAUCUAAGACAACAGCAAGAAAAAUUAGCUGACAAAGAGAGAGAGAGAGAGGAGAAACAGAAAUUCCUAGAAGAGGAGGUAUUUGUGGCCUUUGCCAGAGUUUACAGUGGUGUCCUGAAACCAGGUCAAAAGGUAUAUGUAUUAGGCCCCAAGCAUGAUCCCAGGAAGAUAAUCAACAUGCUUGACAAUGGAGAACUCACCGAAGAGCAGUUGAAAGACAACAUUCAUGUUCACAUCGGCCAGGUGAAAGGUAUUUAUCUACUUCUGGGACGUGAACUAGAACCUUUAGAGUGUGCAACAGCAGGGACAGUUAUUGGCAUCACUGGUUUAGAAGACCAAAUCAUAAAAAGUGCUACUAUCUCUUCUACACCUGUAAUGCCAGCUUUCACAGAACUGACUCAGAAUUCAACUCCAAUUCUAAGGGUUGCAGUUCUCGCAAAUGUCAAGGACCUCCCAAAACUGCGUGCUGGUUUAAAGCUUCUCAAUCAAGCCGAUCCUUGUGUACAGGUGUCGUUACAAAGAAGUGGUGAAUAUGUCAUUGUGACAGCAGGCGAAGUACAUCUGCAGAGAUGCAUAGAUGAUCUUCAGGAACGAUAUGCUGGUGUUCCAAUUAAAGUAUCAGAUCCCAUUGUACCUUUCAGAGAAACUAUUAUAGAAAAACCAAAAGUGGAUAGACUUAAUGAGGCUAUUGAAGGGGAAAAUGUCAAUACAAAGGUAGAAGAUGAAGAUCCACUUGGGAGAGUGGAGAUAAACAGUAGCACUGGGAGGCUUCUUUGCAGAGCCGUACCAUUGCCGGAAUCUGUUACAAAACUUUUAGAUCAAUAUAAAGACCUUCUGUAUUUAAUUACUAAUAAAGCUGGCUCUGUUGUAGCUGGUGAGAACAUCAGUGAAACUGUAGUUGAAAGUAAUGGUAUGGAGGGAAAACCUGAUCUUGAAUCGACCCGAAAAGCACAAGAGAACUUGAGUAGUGUCACUUUAAAGGCAAUGAGUGAAUUAAGAUCUCAGCUCGACAAAGCGUUUAAAGAAGCAGGCUCUGAGUGGGAAAAUGCUGUAAACGAAAUUUGGAAUUUUGGUCCAGAUGGUUGCGGCCCUAAUAUCCUGUUGAAUCGCAUCAGAGCGUAUAAAAGGCCAUCAAUUUGGGACAAGGCAACAGCCAUUGAUUCCCCAUUAGCUGCUUAUGAUACAAACUUUAUAACUGGGUUCCAGUUAGCGACAGCUGCUGGGCCUCUAUGUGAAGAGCCUAUGAUGGGGGUUUGUUUCAUAAUAGAAGAUUGGAGUUUGCCUCAAAAGGAGUCUGACACCAAACAGUAUGGUAUUUCAGCUGGACAGAUAAUUUCUCUUUCUAAAGACACAUUAAGGAAGGCUUUUGAGAAGCAGUGCCAGAGAUUAAUGUGUGCAAUGUAUUCAUGUGUGAUUAGCGUGACAUCAGAGGUAGUUGGAAAGAUGUACAAUGUCAUUGGAAAAAGACAAGGAAGAAUUGUUAGUGGAGACAUAACUGAAGGAUCAACAUCGUGGAAUGUAACUGCCUACCUUCCUGUUAUUGAAAGCAUGAACUUUGCUAAUGAGCUUCGGAAAUCUACUUCAGGUGAAGCUAUUCCUCAACUUGUUUUCUCACAUUGGGAAGUACUGGAUGUUGACCCAGCUUGGGAGCCUCAAACUACAGAAGAAUUAGCACACUGGGGAGAAAAAUCUGAUAGUGAAAACAUUGCCAAAAAUUAUAUCAAUUCCGUGAGAAAGAGAAAAGGACUUGCAACAGAUGAGAAGAUCAUCGAAUAUGCUGAAAAACAGAGAACUUUAUCAAAGAAUAAGUAAUGUUGAAGUUGAUAGGUUUUAUAAUGUACAGCUUUGUUUAAUGGUGCCUUCAGAGACAAUGAUGUUAUAGAAGUGCUAUUUAAUUUAUUUGGAAUACUCUUUAUUUUUGUAUUUUAAGAUUGUUAUACACUGAACUUUAGUCUGAUAUGUUAUUCCAUCUGGAAUUUUCCAGACAUGCAUUUAUUGAAUUAUUUUGGUACAUGUUCUGUUACAGUAUUUCAAAGCUGUAUGUAUUAAUGUGAUGUCAAAUAUAAUGCAAGGAAUGAAAUAUAAGUUUACGUUAUUUUAUGUUUCUAAGGGUCUAUAAGUUUUUCAGUACCGUACCUUUUUACAUUGCUCUCUCCUGGAAAUCCCAGAAUUGUAUAUAUUACUGGUUGUAAAAUUAUUCCAGAUGUAUUCACCUUGUGAACCACGUUGCCCUCUUGGGUUUUACUUUAUUUAAGUAUUAUUAAGCUAGAUAACAGGAUUUAAUCCUUCCAUAGUUAUUAUUGUUGUGAUGGUAAUAAUACAGGGUGACCCACCCUGGAUGGAGUGCAGUAAUGGGCUCAUACUGAUAGCGAGUCCAGUGUGAGCAGAUUUUUUACGCAGUGCUCAUGAAACUAAUUUUGAUCUUCAGAUAAUUUACAAUAUCCUUCAAAAAUUGUUUUGCCUAGGGAGACUGAAAAUUUUAGUUAGUAUAGGUCAGAAUGAAAAAAAAUUGUUCCAGUUUAUUUUUUUGAGAAAGAACUUUCUGUUGUUACCUAUGAAUAUAAGGUGUCUGAGAACAAUAAUUUUUUGAAGUCCCAAUUUUUGUUGGCCUUAGAAAUAUCAGCAUGUAUAGAAUGAACAAGUGGAACAAGUGAAUGUGUAAUUCCUCUUAAAUUUUUACUAAAUAUGAUUGUAAAAUGUAAGUAGAAAUAUUAACAGAAUCAACAUUUAGUACAAUAAAUACUAAAACGUUCCGAAGUUUAAGUUCUUAGCCAGUCAUGUCAAUGAUAGUUUUGAUAAACAUAUGUAAUUAAAGAAGGAAAUCAUAGAUAAUAGUUUUGAAAUUUGUUUUAAACAACUGCCUUGCUACAUCAAGUCAUUAAAGCUCUUGGAAUAUUGAAACUACAACAUGUUUUUUUUUUUUUAUCUUUUCAUUCAUAAGCUUGUUAAGCAUUAAUGUUUGUAUUGCAAUAUAUUCUAAGGAACCUCUCUUGUACAAGGUUUAGUUUUCCAGAUUUAAGCUCUUUCUUGUCAGCAUAUUUGCAGAUUUGGUCACCUGUUUGUAAUAUACUUUUGGCAGAAUAUGUAAUAAAAACCAGGAGUUUAGACAUUCAAAUAAAUGCUGAUAGUUUAUA